AUGGGAAAUAGUGGACUUUGUGGUAAACCGCUAGAAAACAGCUGCCCUGAAUCUGAUGGUAAAUCAUAUGCUGGAGAAUCUGGUGAUCAAGAAGGUGGCAAGGAAUCUGAUUUUUAUUGGUUUUAUGCUGGUAUGGGACCUGGUUUUGCUGUUGUUCUCUUGGGAUUUUUCAGUGUCCUAUAUUUCAACAACUCAUGGCGCUAUGCAUUUUUGAGAUUUCUGGAGAACUUGUUUAAUAAAAGUAUGGGUAGAAAUUGCACUGCUAAAAGAGAACUAGGAUUGCCGCGGCCACCAGCAGCAGCAGCAGCAGCAGUUGCAGGGUCAAUGGAGGACGAAACCCAAUCCGCAAACGGUUGUUCUACGACUACCUUGAAGACGUCGGAUCACCUGCGCCAUGUGGAGUCGAUGAGCACCCUGCCCUCCGGCGCCGGUCCAAUAUCCAGAUUGAAUGCCGUUAUCCUGGGGGAGUCUCUAGCCUCAGAGGAGGAUCAUCUGGUUUUCCCCAGCGAGGCCUUCUCCAUGCAGGCUCACGUUCCUUCACCCCAGAAGUACUUGGAGACGUAUGCAAGGUCAAUCGAGGACCCCGCAGGAUUUUGGUCAGAAAUGGCCUCAGGGUUUUUCUGGAAAGAGAGAUGGGGCCCACAGGUUUACGCUGAGAAUCUUGAUAUUCGUAAAGGCAAAAUCAAUAUCGAGUGGUUCAAAGGUGGAAUCACCAACCUAUGCUACAACUGUUUGGAUCGAAUCAUUGAAUCCGGAGAUGGUGACAAAAUUGCAAUUUUCUGGGAAGGAAAUGAACCUGGUUUUGAUGGCACCUUAACUUACAAACAACUGCUGGCUAGAGUUUGUCAGCUUGCAAAUUGGUUGAAAGAUGUUGGUGUCCGCAAGGGAGAUGCUGUGGUCAUAUACUUGCCCAUGCUUAUGGAACUACCCAUUUCUAUGCUUGCAUGCAGUCGCAUUGGUGCUGUUCACUCUGUGGUAUUUGCAGGAUUCUCUGCUGAAUCACUCGCCCAGAGAAUCAUGGAUUGCAAACCCAAGGUUGUCAUAACUUGCAAUGCUGUUAGAAGAGGUUCCAAGAUUAUCUAUCUAAAGGACAUUGUUGAUGCUGCCCUUGCAGAAUCUGCCCGAAAUGGCAAUCCUUUGGACGUUUGCUUGACAUAUGAAAAUGAAUCAGCCAUGAAGAGGGAAUCUACAAAGUGGCAAGAGGGAAGAGAUAUAUGGUGGCAGGAUGUUGUUCCUAAACACCCCACUACUUGUGCUGUGGAAUGGGUUGAUGCAGAGGAUCCACUUUUCCUCCUGUAUACUAGCGGGAGUACUGGAAAGCCAAAGGGUGUCCUGCAUACAACUGGAGGCUACAUGGUAUACACUGCAACAACUUUCAAAUAUGCAUUUGACUACAAGCCAUCAGAUGUAUACUGGUGUACAGCUGACUGUGGUUGGAUUACUGGGCACAGCUACGUUACAUAUGGACCUUUGCUAAAUGGAGCAACUGUUGUGGUUUUUGAAGGGGCUCCAAAUUAUCCAGAUGCUGGGCGGUGUUGGGACAUUGUUGACAAAUUCAAGGUGUCAAUAUUCUACACCGCCCCCACAUUGGUGCGGUCGCUAAUGCGUGAGGGAGAUCAGUACGUCACCCGUUAUUCACGCAAGUCCUUACGAGUGCUUGGAAGUGUGGGUGAGCCGAUCAAUCCAAGUGCAUGGAGGUGGUAUUUUAAUGUAGUUGGAGAGUCAAGGUGCCCUAUAUCUGACACUUGGUGGCAAACUGAGACUGGUGGUUUUAUGAUUACUCCUUUGCCUGGAGCAUGGCCUCAGAAACCUGGUUCUGCUACAUUUCCAUUUUUUGGAGUUCAGCCUGUCAUAGUAGAUGAAAAAGGUGCUGAAAUUGAAGGCGAGUGCAGUGGAUAUUUGUGUGUGAAAAGCUCAUGGCCAUCCGCAUUUCGAACUCUUUAUGGAGAUCAUGAAAGAUAUGAAGCUACAUACUUUAGUGCAUUUCCUGGCUAUUACUUUACUGGCGAUGGCUGCACCAGGGACAAAGAUGGCUAUUAUUGGCUCACUGGAAGAGUUGAUGAUGUUAUUAAUGUCAGUGGACAUCGCAUUGGUACUGCUGAAGUGGAAUCUGCUCUAGUUUCACACCCUCAGUGUGCUGAAGCUGCUGUUGUUGGUGUUGAGCAUGAGGUCAAAGGACAGGGCAUAUAUGCAUUUGUUACCCUAGUAGAAGGUGUUCUAUACAGUGAAGAUCUGCGAAGAAGUCUUAUACUAACAGUGAGAAACCAGAUUGGAGCAUUUGCAGCCCCAGACAAAAUACACUGGGCGCCUGGCCUUCCGAUGACGAGAAGUGGAAAGAUAAUGAGAAGAAUUUUGAGAAAAAUUGCUUCCAGACAGUUGGGUGAGCUUGGGGACACAAGCACGCUUGCAGAUCCAAGUGUUGUUGAUGAGCUGAUCAAACUCGUUGACUGCUGA